AUUCGACAAAUUUGUAGGCACUCAUUACUUUAUUCAUCAAAAAUACACUUUGGCAUCGUUAGACUUAUAAUAGUGGAUUUAUCCUAUAUAUAUCUUUUUUUCUGUAGAGGUCAUCCAGAGAACCAGUACGAUAAUUUUUUUCUCUUCUCUCUUCCAUCUGUAUGUAUUGUCGAAAUGUUUUAUUUUAUGUUACCCAAAUCUUAAAUUUUACAAUAGAAAAAUGUUCUAACUGUUAUUUUUGGUGCACGUGUGAAUGAGAGAAAUAGUGAAGAUCGCUUGAGCUGAAAUAUCAUAAUUAAAUAACAACUAAGAUAUAUUGUCUUUUUUUGUUUAGAUGUAACCGACAAUGACGUAUAUGAUGAUGAAGCUAUUGAUGAUGAAAACAAUGACGAAGAACAUUUUCAAAUUCAAUCGAUUGAAAAUGAUAAAAAAUACGUACUCGUUAACACAAGAAUUGAUUAUCAAUAUCGCUCCGAUAUUCUCAAUGAUAUGUGUUUAUACGACUUUGUCAGCACACUGUAUAAGAAAAAAGUGAACGCAGCAGAUUUGAAGUAUUUAUCCGAAGCUGCAGCAUCGAUGAAAGACAAGAUUAAAGAAAAAGGUCGACCACAUAAUCAACGUUAUCCUUUCCACAAGCAGCAUCCACAAAUAACAACACAUCUCUUGAUGGAAUAUAGUGAGUACCAUGUACCUAUUCUUUAUGGUCCACAAAUUCCUCGACGGGAUCGUGACGAUACUCGAGAACGAUAUAGUCGAGCUCUUCUCACACUUUUCGUACCUUGGCGCACCGUUACAGAUCUUUGUGACAUCAAUCAAACAUGGGAUGAUGCUCUUAAAUCUCGACAAAAUCGUAUUUCCAUUCGUUCAUGGAAGAUCAUAGAAAAUAUUCAACUUUUACAUGAAUGUAAAAAAGAUCGCGAUGAACAUUUACUUCAAGUUAUUGCUGAAGCUCAAACUGAUAAUGAUGCAAUCGAUCCUAUUCUUUUGCCUGUAAAUCAAGAUAUUGAUGGUGAACAUGAUGCGGACGACAGUGAAGACUUAUUAGAAUUACUAGGCAAUAUAGAUGAAUACACAACUGCAGCGACUAAUGCGACGAAAAAAUCAACAGAAGAUAAAUAUAUUGAAGAAACUAUUGAAGCAGUCAAAAAU